AUGACGGCCCGCCUAUUCGUUGGGUUUUUGUCACUUAUCGUGCUUACAACAGCAAUCGAAAUUCGCCAUAGAGACCAUGAAGCCCAAUCUUACUGUCGAUCUAUCCCAGGCGACGCUGAUUGGCCGGACCCGAACGCCUGGGACACUUUGAACCGUACAGUUGGUGGGAACUUGAUUGCAACCACACCAAUAUCUAGCGUCUGUCACCAUUCUUCUUCAUUGGGUACUACGGGUAGCAUAUCCGACUACGACAAAGAGGCAUGUGACACGCUCCGGAAUAAUUGGUUCUUCCCUCAAACCCAUCUGAAUUCUCCGUCGUCAGCAAUGGCCUAUCAAUUCUCGAAUAAUAGUUGCAAUCCAUUUUCGGGUCCUAAUGACCCAUGUACGCUAGGGUAUUACGUUACUUACACAAUCAACGCCACAACCGCCGCUCACCUGCAGGCUGGCAUUCUCUUUGCUAAACAGCACAAUGUGCGACUUGUUAUUCGAAAUACCGGUCAUGAUUACCUUGGGAAGUCAACGGGUUCACACGCUCUUGCAAUAUGGACCCAUCAUCUCAAAUCCCUGGAGCUUAUCGAGGACUAUAACACUUCGGGAUAUCAAGGUCCGGCGAUUAAGAUGGGCGCUGGUGUUGAAGGGCUAGAAGCUUACGAAUUCGCUAACGCCCGUGGCUUUAUGGUCGUUGGUGGCAAUUGUCCUAACGUAGGAAUUGCUGGUGGCUACACCCAAGGUGGUGGCGUCAGCAUUUUAUCCUCGAAAUUUGGUCUCGCCGCUGACCAAGUCCUAGAGUGGGAAGUUAUCACUGCCGCUGGGAAGCUAGUAACGGCUAGUGCUACUGAGAAUGCCGACUUAUUUUGGGCUCUAAGCGGAGGUGGCGGUGGCACUUAUGCUGUUGUGGUUUCCAUGACGGCGAAAGCUCAUCCCGAUACGUUCUUUUCAGCCGCAUACUUAACACUCUUAAAUAAUGGCAGCAAUACCGACGCUAUAUAUUCAAGCAUGGGGACAUUCUUUGAAUCAUUACCCAGCCUUGUUGAUGCUGGUGCUUGGGUGGUGUGGGUAGCUUCCCCCGCCGGAUUUUUGAUAAUGCCCGCAAUGGUCUCAGGGUUACACCAACAAGAAUUGGAUUCUCUCCUUGAGCCAACAAAGGCUGUGAUGGACCAGCUUGGGCUUCAAUACCAAUACUCGUCUGCCGAAUACAAGGACUUCCUUUCAAGUUACAAUUCUAUGACAUCGACCUGGAACGUAUCAGAUUACAACGUGGGAGGCCGGCUAAUCCCCCGCGACCUCGUCGAAAACAAUGUUGAUGGGCUUGUGAAAGCGGUUCAGUAUAUCAGUUCCCAGACGCUCAUGUCAGGGGUCUCCUUCAAUGUCGCAAACGCAACCGGCAAUAACGCGGCUAAUCCAUAUUUUCGCAAAACCAUAUCUAGCGUGGUUAUUGGGACAUCAGUCAAUUACACGGAUUGGCCCCAAAAUAAAGUGGCACAGGACAAGAUUACGAAUGACUUACUACCAGCGUUACAAUCUCUCACUCCUCAAGGGGGUGUUUAUUUAAAUGAGGCCGAUUUUCAGGAUCCUGGUUUUAAGUCCACGUUCUACGGGGGAAAUUAUGAGAAGCUACUCGCUAUUAAGACGAAAUACGACCCUGACGAUAUAUUUUAUGCGAAAACGGCUGUCGGCAGCGAUCGCUGGGAGCAGCGCCUUGAUGGAAGGCUGUGUCCUACGUCCAAUAAUUAA